UGAUACACGUAAAAUGAACGGUUAAAUCUGAAAUCACUUUGGUGUACAUCAGUGUGUGAUAAUACAACAGGUGUAGUGGUGGAAGGCGAGAGAAAUACAUGAAAAUUAACAUUCUAAAGUGAUAAUCAGUAACAUUCAGUUCGCCAUGAACGCGCUGUCAUUCCAACAAGCCAGUGAUGGGCAACCGUCAUUUUGGAGACAACGCCGAAACCUGGUCGGGUUUCUGGCGUUCUUGGCGUUUUUCAACAUUUACACACUUCGAGUGAAUCUCAGUGUUGCUAUUGUAGCCAUGGCAUCGUCUACUGAAGAUCACAAGAGCGAAUUCGAUUGGGGACCAGAACUACGGGGAGCAGUACUCAGUUCAUUUUUUUAUGGGUAUAUUACCACCCAACUUAUUGGCGGCCUAUUGGCAUCCAAAUUUGGAGGUGUCAGAAUGAUAGGAUAUGGAAUUUUAAACACAGCGUUUCUCACCAUAAUUACACCGAUGGCGGCCAGGUAUUCGGUAUUCGCCGUUCUCGUUCUAAGGGUCAUUGAAGGAUUUUUUGAGGGCGUUACAUAUCCGAGUAUACAUGCUGUAUGGUCCAGAUGGGCUCCUCCGGAAGAACGCACACGUUUAGGAUCAUUUGCUUUUUCUGGAAGCUUCGUGGGUACCGUUAUUGGAUAUCCUGCUUGCGGUUGGCUUGCUGAGCACUAUGGAUGGCCAGCCACUUUUUACGUACCAGGCAUAGUUGCUAUCAUAUGGUGUGCUGUGUGGUUAACUACAGUAGCUGAAACUCCAGCUCAAGAUCGGUUUAUAAGUGCAGAAGAGUGCAAGUACAUAGAAGACUCAAUUGGACCUGUCGACCAAAAACAUUCCGAUUUCAAAAACUAUCCAUGGAAAAGUAUAUUGACAUCAAUGCCAUUUUGGGCAAUAGUUAGUGCACAUUUCUGCGAAAACUGGGGAUUUUACACGCUACUUACUCAGUUGCCUAGUUUUAUGAAUGAUGUUCUGAAAUUUGACCUGAGCAAAGCAAGUUUUUUGUCAGCCUUGCCAUACUUAGUUAUGGCUGUCACCCUGCAGGUGGCUGGCUUUUUCGUCGACUGGCUAAGAAAGAAAAAAAUUCUCACCACCACUCAAGCGAGGAAAGUAUUUAACUGUAGUGCUUUCCUCAGUCAAACUGUUUUCAUGACACUGGCGGCCAAAUCUACAACAGCAUUCAUGUCAGUCACAUGCUUAACCUUAGCUGUCGGUCUAGGAGCAUUUGCAUGGGCCGCAUUUAGUGUCAACCAUCUGGACGUAGCGCCGCAAUACGCUAGCGUUCUAAUGGGUCUAUCCAAUACCUUUGCUACUAUACCCGGUAUUGUUAGCCCCAUGUUGGCCGGAAUCAUAGUUAAACACAAGAGUGCCGAGGAGUGGCAAUGGGUAUUUUUAAUAGCCAGCGGUAUGUAUUUAUUCGGUGCUAUUUUCUACGGAGUGUUUGCUUCGGGAGAAUUACAACAAUGGGCUCAAACAGAACAGACUAACGACGUCAAAGAAAAACAGGGCACAGCAAACAAGGCUUUUAAAUCGGUCGAGUAAGACUUUUGUCGAGAUGGCAACAAUGCAAAUAAAGACACCGCAAGAUUACCAAGGGAUUAAUAUUGAUACGUCCAAUUAAGGGCCAUUUUCAAAUUUCAUGUAUUAAUGUUUCUGUAAGGCUUGGAAUGUAAAUAAUAUUUCACACUUUAUAAGUGUCGCAUGAUGUUAAACUAUAGCGGUUGAACGUUUUUUAACCGCUCGUGGACUUAUUUGUAUAAUAAUUAAAAAUAUCUUAAAUCAUU